CGACGUAGGAGUGACGCAGACGGCGUCGGCUGGAACACAGCAGGACGCUGCUAGCCGAAGCUAACAUUCAGGAAAAUAACCCUCCCGGCAGCUGUUUUUCUCCACGGCCCAAAGUCUUAGUCCAGGUCUUGUAACCUGAGCAGCUGAAUGGAAGCACUCAAGGCGGCUCGUGAGUGAGGUGGACGCAGGUGCCAGUGAUGUACCAUGGGGUACGACGUGACGAGGUUCCAAGGGGAGGUGGAUGAAGACCUCCUGUGCCCGAUAUGUAGCGGGGUGCUGGAAGAACCAGUGCAGGCCCCGCACUGCGAGCACGCCUUCUGCAAUGCCUGCAUCACGCAGUGGUUCGCCCAGCAGCAGAUCUGCCCCGUGGACCGCACGGUGGUGACGCUGGCCCACCUCCGGCCCGUGCCCCGCAUCAUGCGCAACAUGCUGUCCAAGCUGCAGAUCAACUGCGACAACGCCACCUUCGGCUGCACGGCCACGCUCCGACUGGACCAGCUGCAGUCCCACCUCAAGGACUGCGAGCACAACCCCAAGAGGCCCGUCAACUGCGAGGAGGGAUGCGGCCUGGAGAUGCCCAAAGACGAGCUGCCCAACCAUAACUGCAUCAAACACCUGCGCAGUGUCGUCCAGCAGCAGCAGACCAAGGUCUCGGAGCUGGAGAAGACCGUAGCGGAACAUAAACACCAGCUGGGAGAACAAAAACGAGACAUUCAACUGCUGAAAGCGUACAUGCGAGCCAUCCGCAGCGCCAACCCCAACCUGCAGAACCUGGAGGAGACCAUCGAGUACAACGAGAUCUUGGAGUGGGUGAACUCCAUGCAACCCGCCAGGGUGACCCGCUGGGGCGGCAUGAUCUCCACCCCGGACGCCGUGCUGCAGGCCGUCAUCAAGCGCUCGCUCAUCGACAGCGGCUGCCCACUCUCCAUCGUCAACGACCUGAUCGAGAACGCCCACGAGCGCAACUGGCCGCAGGGCCUGGCCACGCUGGAGACGCGGCAGAUGAACCGCCGUUACUACGAGAACUACGUCGCCAAGCGCAUCCCGGGCAAGCAGGCCGUGGUGGUCAUGGCCUGCGAGAACCAGCACAUGGGCGAGGACAUGAUCCUGGAGCCCGGCCUGGUCAUGAUCUUUGCGCACGGCGUGGAGGAGAUCCUAUAACUGCACUACCGCGUAUUUCAAGAAGAAGAAGAAAAAAAAAAACCCUGAAUUGGACUCUUGAUACCGACGCCUUAACGGAAGGACGACAACAUGAUGGAGACGAUGACUGACGAACAAGGAGAUGUUUACAUUUAGUGCAUUAUAUCAGCUGAUUGUUGCAACAGAGACGCUUCCUUCUCGCUGCACGGGUUCCUCGUGAACUCUCAACCUUUUUUCCCACCCCCCCCUCCCAGACGUAAAGCGGUCCAUGGAAUGCUGUACCAGGAGAACGCCUGCGUCAACAGUUUGGGAGAAAUAUCACAGAAGGUUCUGCUGAGAAAGCACCCCACCCGAGUCCUGAGUGCUGUAAAUGCUUGUAAAUACAAAUACUAUAUUGGAAUCCUA